AUGUCGCUUGAAAAAGACACCCUUCAUGUCGUCAUUCGCUUGCCAUUCAAGCGUCCUCAGGGCUUCAUUGAACCACCACAGAUUCGCUGGACUGACGAAAUGGAGCAGCGGCUACGACAAUAUAUGAGUCAAAAGUAUACCGACUGGAACUAUAUUGCAGAGCAGCUUGAAGUACCUGUAUCGUAUCUUGUGCGUCAUGCGGCUUUCAUUUACGAGACCCAACUACGCGGAAUCCACCAGCAAUUGCGCAUGAAUGAUAAAUCAACGACUCCUCCGCCUGCUCAACGUCAAUCAAGCCGACGAUCAACACCUCGUAGUAGUGAAACAGUAGAUGAUCAAUCAACACCAACGCCAACGCCCAAUACAACAAAACCAGUAAAAGAUGAUGCCAUGAUGCUCUCUACAAUAUCCAAUGUGGAGCCUCGAGUACCACCAGUCGCUUCGGUUGUGGAGGAAUCAUUGUACAAGAGCUCAUUACAAAGCAGUCGAAGCUAUUAUUCCGCUGAACAAUCACUUGAAGACGAUCAAGAAGAGGAUGAAGAAGAGGAUGAGGAUGGUGAUGAGGCUUUUGCAAAGCAGUUUGAGCAAUUACAAAUGGAGGAGCCUGCUUUUCUUCCUGUAAAACGCAAUGAGUCUUCUUCUUUUGCGUUGGGUCAUGCAAGGCGGCGACAACAACAACAACAACAACAGCAAGCUGGAAGAUCAGAUGAAGAAGCAAGUAGAUCAACCAUCAGCCUAGAAUCAUCCAAUGCAUCCGUCACACAAUCGGCAUUGGAAGAUGCUCUUUUAUCACGCUUGAAUCAUGGAUCCAAAAUGUCAUCUAUGGCAAUGUCUAAACGAUAA